AUGGGCGUCCAGGAUUUGUCGUUCCCGUCGAAAGUAAGUUAAUGUUAUGUCGCGCUAUUUACUAUUUUUAAAAAAGCUAAAAUGUGUCCUCGCAUCGAUUGAAUUCCAAAAUAAUAACCCAAUUUGGUAAUUUAAGACAAUAUUUAGGCACCAAAGCUGUUUCAUGUAGUCUGUUGCAAAGGUUGGACAUUCAUUGAAACUUGAAAAAAUUGGUAUUGGGCAAACUUUUUAAUGCUACGCUUUCCAGAAGCUCAAAAAAUAUUAUGAUAGGUACUCCCUGAUGAAAUUAGUUUGAUAUGUUCCACAUAACUCUACAGGAGGAUUUUUUUCUAUGGGUAAAGGCACUGAGUAAAGAAUUCAGUAGAGAAUUGACCAAAAAUUAACAACAAUUUCCUAUUAGAAUAGCCCUUUUAUGACUGUUUCCAAUGAUGAGUUUCACCCGGUUUCUAUUAACUAAUCUGAACUUUUCAGAAAACAGCUGGUUGGUUUUUCACUAAAGGCUUGAUAGUGCUUAUACAGGGACUUCUCGUCAGUGGAGGUUUGUGAAACUAAAUAAACAUUAGAUAUUGCUAGAGCACUUAUUUUAUUUAAUAAACCAGCAUUUUAUCUCCGGGUUUACUUACAAACAACAAGCGCCUUUUAGUUCCGAUUUUUGUGUGAUGUCGUUGUUGAAAAAAUGCAAACAAACGUUAUUACGUAAUUACUUGAAGUGGUUCAUUUCCAGCUUAUACUGUAUUCUAGAAACUCGAGUUCGGCUUUGAAAUUACGCAUUCCUACUCAACCCGUUUAUGUCACCCAGUUUGCGCUACUAAAAGUUUUUUAGCUUCAUUGGUUAAGUAUCAGGCCCGGUAGGGUAUGUUUAAAAAAGCUCCGCCUUGAAGUCCAACCCCUUAACCUCUUUUGUAGCAUUUUUGACAGAAAACGUAACCCUUUCUAUACUUUGUAUUGAUAAAAGGUACUCCUUUUACAUACCUUGUUGACAUCUUUGUCUCCAUUUUAGCUGCUGUAGAUACAUUUUCUUUAAAAUAUGAAUAAAUCACAACCUGAACCAGCACGUUUUCUAUACAAUACUUUUACUUUUACAUAACCAAGAAAUGCAUCUGUAGGACUUGUGGGCCUCUUCACAGACGGAAAUGACAGAUUUCUCUACCUUUUUAUACACUACAACUAGAGAAACUCCUAUCCUUUCUGGCGCAGCCUCUCCGUACAAUGUAUAUGUCAUUAAAUGGGGUACCCCCCAGCCACCUUCCCGGGGUACCAGGCUUAGAAGUCAAGCGAUAAUCCCGGGUUCGAUUCCCAGCCGCAUUAGCACUUAGUUUCUAAAUUUAACUAAGUUGAAUGUACUGUCUUUGGUUCACAUUUGCAAAUGUUUAUUCUUUGUUAUUAACCUCCUUAUUCCUCGAUGACUUCUGUAGCCUUCAUACUCCUCCCGCCUCGACUUGCGACGACUAUUAUUUGGUGUAACGACUUGCAAAGUUAAGGGUGAAAGUGUUAGGUACUCUAAUCUUCAUAGGUAGUGACGGAAAACUGUAGACCUCUCUUACAGCACCUCUCGGGUCUGACUCUUUGGGGACAUAAAUGGACCACUUAAGAAGUAACAAUCCUUGACAGUAGCCAGCCCUAGUGUCAAACUGCCUCUCUUUCAAGAGCUACGUCCCGUAAAGCUCAUAAACAGAUAAAUAAAAUUAAUAAUGUUCUACCCAAAACACACUUUUUUUAGUCUUGUAAUACUACAAUCCUGGGCAAACGUCGUUGGGAGAGUUAAUGAAGUAUUCAUGAUUUUCUGUAAUUUCUGUGUGCUCUCUUAUAACAGUGCAUCCCUUUCGAAAUUUUGUUUGCAGUUCUCCGUCCAGCUCACGUUACACAACGUUGAAACUCGGAAAAUUCUGGAUACACGCUUCCAAUGUUGUUUCUGAGUUAGGAGGGAGUUGAGCAUGUGUGAAUUGAAAACAAGCCCUACAAAUGCAAAAGUGUCCAAAGAAUUUUCUCUAUGAUAGUAGAUUCUACCAUGGUUUUCAUGACAGUUAUUUAAUAAGAUAUUGCUUUUCCAAGUUCCAGAUCCAGUUGCAUUCUUUCCCCUCAAUGGAGCAUAUGGCACGAACGAAAUAAAAGGCCGCGUAGUUCAAGGGAGAAGCAAUGGUGUAGAUCGAACAUAUGGACCUGGCCGAAAAAGACUUGGUUCAUACCAACUACACGGAACGUCAGAUAGCUACAUCGAAUUCACGAAUGCACCUGGAGGAAUUUUAGAUGUGCGCCAUUCGAUGACGAUUUUAUGUUGGAUAAGAUAUCAGGGCACAGAUGGGCCAAUCUUCAACUACGGAGUCAAUCGGUUUGGAGUGCAUCUUUGGGUAUCAACAGGACGCCUAUUUGUACGGUUCGUAAAAAGAGACUAUGAUUUUCUACCUUAUUUAAAGAGUAACACCACUUUGGAAAGUACUUGGAUGUUUGUUGGCGCAUCCUACGACCAAUCAACUGGCGAGGCCAAGUUGUGGAUUGAUGGAAAUGUGGUUCAAUCACAGAACACUGGAAUAGGACUUGAACUGGCAACACAGGAUAGCUUCAGAAUUGGAGCUCAUCCUAAUGACACGACGUACUUGAAAGCCAAGAUUGGCCAAGUACAAUUGUACAACGAAACUUUAUCUCAACAACAGAUCCAAGCAAAACAAAAACAAAUUGCGGGUAAGGAUGAUGUAUGUCUAUGGGUAGGUAUGGCACUUGAAAGAUAUCGCUCUCUUGGAGCCGCUUGUAUAAAGCUCAGUAGUCCAACUUCCGAAAGAUUUUCUUGGUAACCCAACAUGGCCGCCGUAACGUUAUGUGAAAACGCCUUAACUGUCCGUUAAUCUGGAAGAACACGGAGUUUCAGUUUUUGUCGUACCCCCUAAUGUUUAUUUUUGUUUGUUUGUUUUGUUUUGUUUUUCCACCAAGGGAACGCACCAAUAAAUAACAAUCAUUCACUUCUACUCAUUCACCAAAGUGAAGUGAAGUUUUAAUGACACUGAGGUACAAAAUUGUGUUUGUACACCACGCUAGUAAAAUAAGUGACAUGGCCCAAAAUUGGAGCUCUAUUUUAGGAGAACGAUUGGAAAACCCUCACCAACUCCAGAGUCGAAAGGCACUUAACGCUAACGAGCGGAAGAAUAGAAUAGCGUGGACUGAAAUUGCACUGUCUAUGAAAGAUUUGUGUAUCUUGCACGUUGAUGUGAAAGUUGUCUUUGUUCGUUUUUAUGGACUAUCCAACAUAGAAAUCGGCUUUUUCCUCGAGAUUUACAAUUUUCAUUGUUAAUUUGGUCCAGGAACUUAGUGAAUCUGCAACUGUAAAGAGUGCCACAAGAGGGAAGAGGGCGUUGAUUACGAUGAUCGGCGAAUCGUGAAUUUCAAAGGAGAGGUUUUUAAAUCCUGAGACGUAGUUGUUACUUCAAUGCCGUGGAUGUUUAUAUCUCACAACAACGGUUAAAAUGCAUUUAUUAUUCAUUCAAAAUAUUUCCCCCAUUCUGACUGGCUAAAAGUCAAUCAGAAUGGGGGAAACUAAAUUUGGAAGAAUUUUGGGAUUAAACAACCGAUGACGUCAAAAGUUCAGCUUUCUUACAGGUUAAUGCACCGUUAACCGAGAAGACCUGGGACGAGGUUGAGUUGUUUUGGUUGUAAAAGCAAAAAUGGCGGACACCUCACUCGUUUCAAGAGUAAGAACUAGGCGAAAUAAUAGGUAAGCUAAAAAAACAUGGCAAGAACAGCAAAUAGACAACUCGAACGGCGACAUCUGUUAAUUGGAGAAUAUUUGCGGAAGAGAACAACCCUAAACGUGCGCUAUCGAAGAUGAACUUAGCAUUGAUGGAGGUAAGAAUGUUUUAGCUAUGUUUUUAAACUACAAUUGUUUUGAAUGAAUAAUAAAAAAUUAUUGAAUUCGGCUUUCGUAUCAUGAAGUAUUAUGGAGAUCUCGGAGGGUGUUAUCCGUCGAGGCCGUAACACCCUCUUCGAUCUCCAUAAUUCUUCAUAAGGUACUCAGCCUCAUUCAUUAAUUGUUAGGUAUUUUUCAGUAAUUUAUCCUUAUAAAACUCCUGCUCUCAUUGAACACAUAAUUCAUUUAAAAUGCAAUAUUUUCCACAGAUGACUGCUUUUUUAACUCCGUUGGCGUUUCUAGUACUAAAUUUAUCCCUGAUGAUCAAAUAAGUGCUUCUUCGUAUAAGGAUUCUAAUUACCUUUCCACUUAUGGGCGACUAUACGACGUUAGAGGGCUCGGUUGGUGCGCUGGAACAGCAAGUGGAACUGAUGACUGGCUACAGGUGGAUGCUGGGGAAAUUUUAGUACUCUGUGCUGUCAGCACUCAGGGAGAUGUCAGUGGCAACAACUGGGUACAAGAAUUUAAGCUUUCCUACUCAAUGGAGGGAUCAUUCUGGAAUUCUUACACCGACAGCCAUGGGAUGGAAUUGGUGAGAUUUCAUGCUUAGGGAGCUUAGUAGACCUUUUUCCCAAUACCCGCCAUCUUUGCACGCGCUUAAGGAAGAGCUAGAUUUACGACAUUUUUGCUUAAUGUGAGGACAUAUACGCUCACUAAUGCAUCCAAAAAAAGUAACAAUGAUCACUUCCACUCAUAAUUUUCCAUUAUUGUCUUCAAGAUGAAAAGUUCUUGCCUUCCUUUUUCCUUGUCUAGAAUAAACGAACGCCAUAGCGAUUUCUUGUUUUGGAGAAUUUUUUUCAAAAAACUUUUCCAUGAACCAAUGCAAAAAAAUGUACUUUAUUUGAGUGUCAAUGUAUUUAGCACGGAAGUGCUAUUUGGGGACACUAUAUUAACGUCUCCUACUGGAGACGGGACCGCCAUUUUACGUGGUCAUCCGAGCCGCGCGAAGGUCUAGCCAUUUGCAGGGCAACGGUAGUACUUUCAUUUCUCAGUUAUUUUAAGACCCCGAGUAUUGGUCCGACCCCGGGAAUUGAUGCCGCGACCUCCCGCUCUGCAGUCAAGCGCUCUACCGACUGAGCUAAUCCUGCCGCAGUAAGGACAAAAUAUUUACGUACUUCUUAAAGAUUUUCAGUGCAUCUGACGAAUUUAUCCUAAUUAAUCUCAUUGGUAAAAUUGGUCGAGGAAAUGACAUUAAUUAAACUAACAUUGAAUUAAUUUAUUCUUGCUCGUCUUUGGUACCGUGUUUCCAUUUAUGGCGCUGUUACACCAUUCGAAUCACAAAUCACAUACAACCCACAACCUCUUGACUCACUCAGACGAAGUGAUCAGGCUCAAAUGAUAACUUUUUGAUCUUGCUCUUUUUUUAACAAUGGCAAAUUGACAAUCAAAUGAUAAAAACAAAUGUUUGUAAAUACCUACCUUUGCGAUUGCUUAUCUUUGGGUGAAUUCCUCUUUAAGAAAUUUCAAAGGCAAGGUGCCAAUCACUCACUUUACCGACACAUGUUACCCGUGCCAGUGCCAGCAAGAUAUGUUCGCUUCCAUCCGACUCAACAGUAUAACUGGAAUUGUAUGAGAGUGGAAAUGUAUUCAAGUAAGUUUCAAAAGUUAAGACGAAAUCCAUCAGGAAAUUGAGUAAUUUCAAUUUUCAGAGGACAAAAACCUUUUUCAGAUUUUUUAAGGGCGAUAGAUGUAAUCAGUUACUUGUAAUAACACCAAAUAAAAUUUCUUUUGAAAGCCUGAGAUAAUAAAAGUUACAUUUCAAAAAAUGACAUCUUACAUAUAAAAUUUCAGAAUUUUACCUGUGUUUUCACAAUUCUUGUGAAAUGUGACAUUUAUUUUCUCGGGCUCCCAUGAGAAACAGUCUUUGGUGUUAUUACAAAUAACUAAUUAUAUCUAUGGCCCUUGAAAAAUGUAAAAAAAGAAUGCGAUGUUGUUUAAAUUACUCUCGUAUAAGGUUUUUGCCCUCUGAAAAUUAAAUUACUCAAUUUCUUGAUAGAUUCCGUUUUAAUUUGUUUCAUCCACGGAACUAUUUUACAAACAUAUAAACGCUCUAUGGUAUCCUUGACGAAAUCGAGGUCGCUACCAAUGCUUUUUGAUAUGAUGGUUAAGAAAAAGAGAGAGUAUCGCACAACGUCAAGGAUGAAAAUUUUUGAUGGCUUAGUGUGGGUAGUCAAUAGGGUCACGGAAAAGCUAGAAUGGAAGCAGAGCUUUCGAUUCGUAUUUCUUACAGCGAAAACUGAAUUUUCGCAAACACAUUUAAACACAUUUACAGGGAACUUUUUUACUUGUUAAGAGAUUUCGAUUCGUCUCUUUGAUCUGUAGCGUGUCCAUCCGCUCUUGGUAUGGAAGAUGGCACAAUUUCUGACGGGCAAAUAAGUUCUUCUUCUGAAAUCGACCUAAACCAUGCUGCCACCCAGGCCAGACUUCAAUUCCAGCAAACUGGAAUCAAACAGGGAUCUUGGGUAGCUGGAACGGUAGACACGAACCAAUGGCUUCAGAUUGAUUUGGCUAAUUACCAAACCACAGUGAGGCGAGUAGCAACACAAGGUCGAAAUGGAGGUAGCCAAUGGGUGACAAGUUAUAACCUACAGUACAGCGAUAAUGGAGUGAACUUCACAUACUUCGGAGACCAAGGGAAGGGGCCUAUCAAGGUAGAAUUCCGUGAAGUCCCUGCUAUGAGUAUAGUUAACAUAAAGGAUUAUAACAAAUCAAAAAUGGGAAUUAAGUAGACUGUAUGCAACUAGCACGAAAACAAAAAACUUGAAAUCGAACUGAUAUGAUUAAGUGAGACCUAAUCCAAUCACUUAUCUAGCUGCUUAUACGUAAAAAAGCAUAUCCAAAGCCAAUUAUUACGACCAGGUCUUAAAUGUACUGGAGUGCCUAGGUCCCUCAAAUGAAAGAACCACUAUUCUAAGAUAAAUCCAAAAUCUGGACGGAUAAUGUAGAAUGUUUAUUAUAACUAACGAAUGAUAUAAGCGCAUGAGAGGCACACAAAAACCCGAAAGCGUAGGAGUGGCCUGGAAUUUUGGGAACGAAGCUGAACCCAAACAGAGACGAAGAGGACUUUACAAAGAUACCGGUCGUAUUACAAACGACUGCUUGUAUUUAAAUAUCUUUUUAAUAGUGCAAGUUUCCAAAAGAAACGAAAAGACAGUCCUUCAACGAACAACAUUCUGUACCCACGUGUGAGAGGAACAAAAUUCCAUCCGAAGGUCACUGAUCCCUGAAUAUUUCGCAUUGCCUUUUAUCUUAGUUUUAUAGUCGACUGUUUACACUAGCAGUCGUAGAUAUUGUCGUCACAUCAUGCUCCUUUCUUUUUUAAGGAUUUUACUGCAAAUACAGACGCAGAUAAGGUUGUAAAACAUGACUUAAGGCCGCCAAUCAAAGCACGUUUCAUUCGUUUUCGCCCAACAACGUGGACAGAUCAAAUCGCAAUGAGAGUAGAGCUUUUUGGUUGUAAAGGUAAAGUGGACUUGAUUGUUAAUAAUGAAGAUAAUAAGAAUUGUUAUUAGUGGUAGUAGUACUAGUAGUAGUAGUAGUAGUAGUAGUAGUAGUAGUAGUAAUCAUUAUUAUUAUUGCUAUCAUCAUUAUUAUGGGGGUGUGAAAAUCUUGACCUCAAAUAAAGGAAAUUACCUCCUUUUUUGUCUUUUACUCACCUCUGCUUUUACUUCGUCUUAAGUGGACUAUUGCAAUCCAUUAUUUAGAACCUCAACAAAAAAUCAGCUGCAGAGUAUGUUCAGAAUAGUGCUGCAAGAUUUUUAACGCGUACGAAAAAUAUAUUUACCAUUUUUACCAAGACCAUAAUGCAUAUUGUCCCCUCCGACCCCCCACCCCCCCCAAUACAUAACCAUUGUUUUUUUUCUCCUGGGCAUUACAGUCGUCCCGAGAGAAAGCCGAAUUCAAUAAUCGUUUAGUUAUUCAUUAAAAAUAUUUCUAACUUCUUAACAAGCUUACCUUUUCGUAGACUUUCUUCAAAGUCUCGAACGGUUUCAGGAUAUAAAACAGCUGUCCUUUAAGAUACUCCUCAAAAAGUAUGUAACAUCAAUUGAGCGAUAUGUUUUGCGUAUUCUUGUAUUCCUUUCGUUCAGUUAGUUAGAAAUUUAACAAUUUCGUCAUCGGAUAGCUGUCAAAGCCUUUUUAUUUUUUAGUUCAGUCAGGAAUAAACAGCUAGGCUGCCGCGCCUGGAAACGAGGUUGAUCGAUAGUAUAUCAUAAUUUAUACCAUCAAAUCGAUGGUAUAUUGCUCGCAUCUUCUAAAUAUGGUAACCGACAGUAAGUUAUGAAGAAUUAGCCGGGCAAAAUAUUUUGAAUGAAUAAUAAAGGACAACACAUGGCCGCUCGGGGAUACAAAAUUUCCCGUCGAGUGAAAUUGUUGUAUUUAUUAUGCUAACACCAAUGAAAUAACAAACCAUAUCACUUGAAUAUUUUCUUUUACCGCGAUUUAUUAUGUAGCCAUAGCAACCGUAAUCUUUUCACAUGUAAAGAUGACAUAUUACUUUCACGUGUGAAGAUAUCAUGUUUUCGCAGGAAAGCUCACCUGCUCGGUCCUAUUUGUUGGCUUCACACUAGAGCUUCAAGUAUAAUGUAACUGAACUUGAAACUUACUUUGGGUGUGAAAGGGUAAAAUGUACCUACUUUAACUUUACUUGGUGACCAUGGAAACGUUCGUAGUUCAAUGAAGCCGAAGUUCGCCGCCAAGUAUGGGCUACAGCACACUUGAGAACACACUUGACCAAUAUGAAAUGGAAGCCAUGUGAACGUUGUGCACGUGCUGACUGGUUCAACGAUUCUAAUGAACAAAGAGAUUAACAGCUUUUACUUCAAGUAAUAUACUUUGUCAACAAGUGUGAAGCCAUAUUUUCUACAGAGCGACUUAAGCUUUCCAAGUGCACUUGAAUCAAGAGCUUACUUGAAACUAACUUCACUUCUAGUGUGAAGCCAACAAUUAUCUUUAUUGCUAACUUGAAAUAUAUACCAUAAUGUGAUUAUUGACCUCGUCCUUUGGUCUUUUCUUUAGGACCAACUUACAGCAAAAAUGUCUCUUUUCGUUAGAAAAAACUUUCGAGUUUGCUUUUUAUUUUCUCCUAAUCGCCCUUUACACUCGAAAACCUUUAGACUGUGUAGAUGCACUGGGCAUGGAAAGCGGGGCAAUCACUGACGGACAAAUAACUGCCUCCUCAAGCUAUGACUCUUAUCAUCUUCCCAGCCAAGGAAGACUACGCCUAGAACCAAAUGGGUCUUUUAUAGGAGCUUGGGAAGCUCUUGACUCCAAUACAGAUCAAUGGCUCCAAGUUGAUCUGCGCAGUUACUAUAUUAAGAUAACACGAAUAGCAACUCAAGGAAGACCUUAUCAUAUGAAUUGGGUAACAGUGUACAAUCUGCAGUACAGUCACGAUUGUGUGGAUUCGUUCAUAUACUAUGUGGAGGAUGGACAAGGUGUAUACAAGGUAAACCUGGGCCAAUAUUGUUACCGCAAUUUGAACCUCAAGGGAAGUAUAACCUUGGAUAUUUUUUUCGUUGUUUGUAGACCUGAUUACUUUACUAGGACAAUUUAACUUGCGCAAUGUGCAGAGCAAACAACAGUAUGCAACCUUACGAUUCACUUUCAGUGGUGGAAGACGAAGUAAAACUAGUGGGGCCAGCUUGUCAGACGAAGUCAAACUGGAAUCGCGUUUAAAAACACUCCAUAGACCUGAAUUACGAUAAUAGUCUUUUCUACUCGCCGCUUUAGUCUUCUUGAGUUUUUUCAUAGUAAGCAAAGGUAAGAUAUUAGGGUUGAUGAGAUUGAAAAUGCGAAGAACGAUGUUUUGGAUAAGCUGAUAACCUACGAUGGCCUGUAUUCAAGCUACGGUGCGUGUUAUUUAAACGGGUAUUGUAAAACUGACCUAUGGUCGCUUUUACUGAAAGUAUUGUCCUUCUGAUGUAUUUUUAUCACCUCAAGUAAUUAGUUUUCUUUUCCCUAGCUAAAGUUUUCUGUGGCAUAAAAUGUACAGUUGGAACCUAUGAACAAGCCAUCAAACAGCUGUACUAAAGAACUCAUUCGCUGAGAAAGUGGACAUAAUUAACCAUUUUAAAAUGUUUGCAAAUCCACUAAGACAUUCUCAAAGAAUGAACAAGAGUUUAAAAAGUGAUACCUACCCUUUUUCAUUAUGGAUGAAAAUCUGUCUGCUCUGUCUGAAAACAGCAUCCUUUGCACGUGAAUAAAGAAACAAAAGAAAGUAAGGGCUUUAACUUAUGUUCGUAUCGUCAACAAAAUUCGACUAAAUUGACCCAUAAGCAAACCUUUAUGUUUCAUAGUGACUGUUAUUCUACGUUUUGAACUAUUCUAGGAUUUUGCGGGGAAUACUGAUCAGCAGACAGUUGUUUCUCACAAUCUAAACCCGCCAAUCAGGGCGCGCUGCAUCCGUUUUCGACCAAAAACUUGGCACACCAUUAUAGCCAUGAGAGUAGAGCUGUAUGGGUGCAAAGGUAAAGUAGAAACUCGAUGGUGAUGACCUUUUUAUUAUGUGAUGAUGUUCACACUUAUUUCCGCUUUCUUAUUGUGAGGUGUCAAAAUAUAAGUAUGGCGAUUUAUGGCUGCCACUUAGGCCACUUUGUACGUCGAAAUUAUCCCAGAGAGUACUACUGAGAAUUUUGGGUGGGGUUGUGUCGCCAGAUUCUCCAAAUGAUGACCCUAUUUCAGACCAAUGUUAUUUUCCACACCCGUUUUCAGACCAGAGGUAACUUGUCAGAAGAUAGCUUAACCCUCUCAGCUGGGCUCCAAGAGUGAUCAACAUCGAAUUUCUCGCUAUAAAAUCAGUAAUUUUAAAAAACAGAUUGGUAAUGAGAAUUAAGCACAUCACCAUACUAGAUAGAUUUUACUGAUAGUCCAAGAAAUUCACCUUUUGUAAUAAAAGUCAACUCUAAAAGUCACGACGUUUCGAAGUCUCCUCAAGGUCAUUUUAAAUAUAAAAUUGCUUAUAAUCAUAUUAAAAAUAGUAAAAAAAAUAAAAACUAAAAAAAGAAAGAAAGAAAGAAUGCCAUGAACACGGGUGAACACUAACCCCUUGUGAAUCAACAAUGCGUUGUGUACCUUUUUCAGCGUAACCUGUGUAGUGCAAGUUCUGUCUGCUACACGUGCCAACACCUUCACCAGCAAAUUGAAGAGCACAAGAGACAUGCAAUCAGAAACCACCUGAGCGAUCAGCAGAAUAUGUCCCCAAAUGACAUUGCGCGAAAUUGUAGGAAAGAGCCAGAGCAAACUUGAUUGUCUUAUUUUUGGAAUGCUUUUUAUCAUACUGGGAACUGAAACCAACACUAAGCAAACAGAGCGAUUUCAUCAGCACAAAUUGUUUGUUUAGAUCUGUUUUAAUUGGCCUUAUUGUUACUUUAUUAUUUUAUUGUAUGCUCUUUUUUCAAUUUUUAUAAAUAUUUUAUUACUUAUCGUUUUCAUAUUUUAUCACAUUUUAGUGUUCAUAUAUACUCAGUCAACUUGUUGUUUAAAGAAUCUGAUAGGUUCGCUAUCUGGAACUUCUUCCAUCCAGAUUUAGAAGACAGGAUCAAAAUGUCUGGUGUGAACUCGGUGUUUUGCUAAAAAUGAACUCAAAGAUAAUUAGUGCUGAUGAAACGCCUACGUCUGCACUAUUUCCGAGGAUAAGGCCGAGUAAACUUCGUUUUUUGAACAAGAAUUUACAAAAUGAGGCACGUUUUGCAAGAGUGGCUAGUUUGCUUAUUCACCGGGCAACCAUGCUCGAAGCCAAAUUGUAAAUGGAAAUUUAUCGUGAGUUUGAUAAUACGGUCAAAAAAUGAACAUAAACAGCCAUUUAAAUGUACAUACCUCAUAACGAGAAUCAGAUGUCCUUUGUUGUUGUCUUACUGCCGGUUUCCUGCCCUACGAUCGCCAUUUUGGCAAGUUUUGAAGAUCAGGUUUAUCACCCACUCAGAAGAAGACAAGGGAAGCUCGGCUGCUCAGUGCAGCCCAGUACACACUGCCCGAAGAAAAAGCUCUAAAAAACACCUUCAUGUCAAUCCGCUCGCUCCAAAUCUUUGCUUUACGCAUAUAGUUCGAACAUUCUCCUUCCUAAAAAGUUUUCAAAGAUUAAGCCGUGGCCUCAAGAAGACGAGAAAUAUGACAAGAAAGUUUCGACUUAGCGCUUCUCUGAUCUAGGCUUAGUAGCCAAGCCCACACGGUCGAAAUUACCCCGGCAGGGAGGGGCCAGGCUAAAUUUUUAACAGGCAUUUGCGGAGCCACAAUUAUUUCCAAAAAAAUUAUGGAGGCUUUUCUACACCAGUUAGAAUACUUGCCAUAUAUCUAUUUGAAAAAAGAAUACUUACAUCGCCACAAGAUUUAUGUCUGCUUCGGCUAGAAGUAGCAUUGCCUCGUCGUAAAAGUUAACUAAGGGACUUGUCAGAAAUUAGCAGGGGGGAGGGUGAUGGAAACAGAGGGAGGGUCACAACUUUUUGAGACUGCAGAAAAGGGAGGGGUCAUGAAAAAUGGGCCGUUAAAAGGGGGAGGGUCAUGCAAAUACGUGUCCUUGAUCAUGUAGAGGUUCACCCAUAGAAGAAAAAAGAAGUUCUUUUUUUUGUAAAAAAAAAACCUGGGAGAAAUAGGAGAGUCGAGUGAUCAACUGUCAGAAUCAGAGUCGGACUCUUAAUGCUGUCAUCUAAAAUGUAUGUAUAUGGCAUUACAAAGAACAGUUUAGAAAUAUAUUUUGAGCUUUCAUAAUACUGACUCAUCCUAGUGUAUUGCAACAACUACAUUUUAUCAUUUAUGCAAGAGGGGGAGGGUCAUGAUAUUUUAGGCCAAGGUCGAGAGGAGGGCUAGCAGAUUUCACUCCCAUUGCAGCGAUGGGUCACGUCCGUUUCCAAACCCAAAUUUAAAAGUCCCACCCCCCUCCCCCCCUGAUAAUUUCUGACAAAUCCCUAAAACCAACAGCCUGGUGUUUCCCGCCACUUCUUUGAAAACAAGAGCAGUUUGUACGAAGUGUCCCCUGAACAUUAUUGGGAAUCUCGUUUUGUAUCGGUUGAUUUUUGCCGUCCCUCCCGUUAUGAGGUGUGUAUGUUACAGGUCCGGCAAAAUUAUAUUCAGGUUAAAAAAUUAUUAACCUAGUGUUAUUCUCAAUUUCCUUCGUCUCCUAGCCCUAAUUCAUGAAAAAUGAGGGCUAGGAGACAAAGGAAAUAGAGAAUCAACCUAGGUUAAAAAAAAUUAACCUGUCUUUAUUUUUGACCUGUAACAUGUGAGCUGACAUACACCCUUAAAUGGUUGAAAAUGUGCAAUUUUACCAUACAAUCGAAAGUCACAAUGGAUUCCCAUAAAAUCCAUAUAACUUGGCUUCAAGGAGGCUUUUUUGAGCCUCGGGCUGGGCCCUCUGUGGCUUAUUCCCUUUCUCUGUUUGAUCUGUGCUUUAGAGUGCCAUGACGGUCUCGGCAUGGAAAACGGUGAAAUAACGGAUGCACAUAUUAGUGCGUCAUCUGAAUGGAACUCUCUCCUUGCUGCAACGUUUGCGAGGCUUCACAUAAAAGCUACUUCAGCACAUGGAGGCGGUUGGAAGCCUCUUACUUUAGAUAAGGACCAGUGGCUUCAGGUUGAUCUAGGCAAUCAGAAAAUCAAUGUGACGGGUGUGGCAACGCAGGGAAGAAAUGAUAUUGACUUCUGGGUGACGACGUACAACUUACAGUUCAGCGAUAAUGGAGAAAACUUUACAUACUACAUUGAACAGAGUGGACAAGGCGUGGACAGUUCACCAAAGGUAAAAUUCUAUGAAAUAAACAUUGCAUUAACCAGCCAUUUCAGUUAUAAAAUGCUGGGGUGCGUCAAUAUUAGAGUGAAUUCGUAUAACGCGUUACUUAUAUGCUAAUGAGGCGCAGAAUAUUGGAAAUUACCAGCUCGCGUACAUAAGAGCAAUCCACGUUGGAAUGUACUGCACUGUUCAGAACAGAUGGUAGGUGGCUGAAAAAAUAAUAUUGUGCUCGAGGCAAAAGACCAGUUCGAUGCGCAUGACAUCCGUGCAAUACUGUUAAAUUUACAUGCCUUUUUGCUGAUUUUAAUUUUUUGCCAGUUGAAUGGGGGAAGUUUAGCGGUCGAGACGUGCUUUCGCAUCCAUUCGUGAUAAACACGGGUGAAACUCUAGCUUCCUAUCUAAAGCCCAGGCCAAACGUCGAACUUUUCAGGAGAUGAACCAAACUCUAAUUUGGGUCGACCUAAAUUAAGUUCUAAGAUCGUCUGUUGAGAGAGACGUCGAACUUGGGACACGUCGAGCCAAUCAAAUGAAUCAGAGCAAAAAGCAAUUUUAGCGGGCCAGUGAUAAAUUUCUUACAUCAUCAAACAAAUUUUUAAUUUAUUAGUUUAGUUCCUCGCAUGUAAAGAUAACCUUUUGCCCCUGAGAAGAUCUUCGGGCGGAUAGUACGUGUUUGACGACCCAAACUCAUUCAGACGAACAUAACUGAGCCAGACAUCGAACUUUUCAUGAACUUAGCUCACUAAGUUUAAUUCGUCUCAUGAAAAGUUCGACGUUUGGCCUAGGCCUAACAUUAGCAACCAAGUUGAUUUUAACACUCUUUUAUUCAGGACUUUGAAGCAGUGGUUUCAGUUUGGUGCGUGCCUUCUGAAACACUCUAAUGACUUCGUUAAAAGGAAACCUUAAGUUAAUGUAGAAAAAUCAAUUAUUUCCAGGGACGGCGAAGACCUCAAAUUUACCCGGUAUCCCCAAUUUAAAAAGUCACAGAAUCAGCCCUUUCCUCGUUCCAAGAACACUCACUUUCAUAAGAGAGGUUAAGCAUCGCGUUUACGGCAAACGUGAGAUUCAAGCCGAGAAAUUAUCAAAAUGAGAAAUAAGCAGAUAAAAACAGUUUGAAACAAUUCUUAUGAAUAGAUUUGGCGUGAAUUUUUCGAUUUUCGUGUUGUUAUAAUGAACAGUAAACGACAAGUGCAUGGAAAACUUGGUCACGUGGUAUAAAUUAACGUUCGCCGUUUGCCGCCGAUGCUUAAUCUCUCUCUAAUGAGCUCCACGUGAGUUUUAUUUGCAUCAGAUUAAAGAGACAUUUUCACAUAAAAAUCUUCGCUCUUUUAGUGGCCUAUUAGUUUUAGCUAGUUUUGGGGAAUGGUAAUCUCACCCAAACCGGAUAGUUCAAGGUAUUUGAAAUAUAUUUUUUUCUAUUUGCUAAAACUCGGGUCUUAAACUACAAUUCGGCAAUCUAUUGUCAAAAUCAAAAAUAAAAAUGAUUCCUGAAAAUUAAUAACCUGGCUGAGUGUCUCCAAUGAUAAUUUAGUUACUUUCAAUAAACUGCCCACGUUUCCAAAGCGUUUUGUUUGCUAUAGAUAUCUACCAAUCAUCAAAGAUGUUUGGCUUUUACUAGACUUAUAACUGUAAAAAAUUCAUUCCCAACUGUCUUGAUAACAAUGCGCUCUCACAGAUUUUGCUCAAACUUUACGAAUCACCUUACGGACCGUUCCUUCGUUAAUAUGAAACCCAGAUAACAGCUGUGCUGUGUUUUUCAAGUAGUACUAUCUGACACUCAUUGCUUAUGUAAGUAAAGUCAUCGUUUGAACCAUUCCCAGGAAGCUUUUGGAUCUCAUCGUUCAUGGUUUGACCUGAAAGAGAUAUUUUCAGGUGAUUAAAUAAUAUGGGGAGGAAGGAUGGACUACAAAGGCAGUAAAGUUGUUAGUUUGUAGAUUAAAAGGAAUAUGUACGAUCAUACAUAAAAUGGUUAUUCAUUAGUUUAACAUCUUGCUGAUUUAGGUUUUUACAGGAAACACAGACCGAGAUACUGUAGUGUUUAAUGAAAUGUUUCCUCCAAUCACUGCACGUUUCAUUCGCUUCCGCCCAUUAUCUUGGAACGGAGACAUAGGUUUGAGAAUGGAAUUGUACGGCUGCAAAGGUAUGCAGUUUAAGAAUUUUCUUAUAACGAGUACUGUUAUGGCUGUUGUUAUUGUUGUUGAUGUUCUUUUUACUUGUGUAGAUCCAUCUAUCCAGUAAAUUUAAACUAUGAGCAAAAUUUUGAAAUUGAGUCUUGUACACUUCUGAACCGGCAGGUGUCGGUGCAGACUUCAGUUGAGGUAGAAAGCUUUUAUUAGUUUUCAGUUUUAUCUGGAUGUUAGGUCUAAAAUUUUGCUCUAAGUGGUUAUUUUUGCUGUUAUUGUCAACUUUUGUUUUUGCAGGUUUUUUGGUUUUUUUUUCACUUGAUUAAGGAAAUUUCGUAUUAAAAUCAAGGAAAAUGCAAUUCGGUGAAUCCCAAUUCCUGUUUCGCAACGAAGCGACAUACCAGCAAGGAGUUCAAAACAAUAGAAGCUUUUUACGCAGUAUUCGCAUGAAAAAGAGUCUACCUCCCAACGACGAGACCGCUUAUUGCAGCCGUGACGUCGGCUGCAAACCAGCGAUUUAUCAAAUGCAUUGCACUUUUGUCUUAGGGUCAGGGUUACAGGGGAUGCCCAUAUCACUAGGUUUUGGGAAUGGGGAUGACCAAAACGCGGGGAUGACCAUAUCACUGUAACAUCGCCUCUUUAGAAGUUAGCUUUCGCAAAGACUUCUGGGAUCGUUAUUGAGAACGCGCCGUUCACCUAUUGGCUAAUUUAUUUUCCCUCUCUUCAGUAGCAGUCCCAGACAUCUUUGAGAAAGUUUACUCGGAACAGUUUCAUUCUCCUAUCAAAAGAGGCGAUUGGAACAUCACAGUAAUUUAUUCAGUCACAAUUUGUGAACAAAAAAGAGAGAUUGUUCUCCGUUAGGGAGCUUCCAACAAAGCACUGCAGCACCGUUGCUUUUAUUUUUGAUGUUUGCGGGCUUUCAUAGCGUGUAGCAUGAAAAUUUUGCGGGAGUUUUAUUUUGCGGAUUGGCGAUUUUUUGUGGUUUGCGGGAACAAAUUUUUGCGGUUCGAGAUGAAUGAAAUUUCUGGUGGGAACUAAUUUUUGUGAUUCUCUGUUCAAGUAGCAGAAUAUUUAAGUGGAAGAAACCUUAAUAUGGUAUUUUCAACUUUUAUUUUACGGUAUGUUGAGUCAAAGUUUACUCUACUUACAUAUUUAAUGGAGAAUAAUACGGUAAUCACUGUAAUAUCUUACUGCACAAAGGGACUGAACAACAGCAAAAUAAAACAAAAGGCUAUCCCUACCACACACAACAAGUCCAUUAAAAGCAGAAUUUUUAAUUUGACUGAAGGGAGUUAAUUUUUGCGGCGUUUUAUUUUGCGGGUUUUUUUUUCUGCGGGAACUAAUUUUUGCGGAUCUAGGUCAAUCCUCAAAAUUCGCAAAAAUUAGAACCCGCAAAAUUUUCAUGCUACACGGUAACCAGUCUCCUCAACCAACUAUGGCCUCGCUAUCCUCCAAAAGAAAGCUAGCAAAAGGAAAAUAAAGAUGAUUGCAUUAACCUAAAAAAUAUUUGUUACAUGCAGAUAACGUUGAUGAAUGUUCAACAAAUACUUAUGACUGCCCUUCAGAAGCAUAUUGUGACAACACAGUGGGCUCAUUCAUUUGCAGAUGUAAACAAGGUUUCACCGGAGAUGGCCGUCACUGUGAAGGUGGGUUUGGUGUCACUAUUUCUUGAGUGGUGAGAAAUAAAGGGGAAAGGAUGAAAUAAUACUAGAUGCCGACUGCCUAGUUUAACCAAAUAACUGCUAUGUGGCUAUCGAUCCAGUGUAUGCUAGAAAAUAUAUGUUAGUCAUUAUUAAUUCAGUUCCCGAUCCAGACCCUACAUUUUUUCCGACCCUUUGGGCCUCAGUUUGGUCACGUGAUUAACAAAUUUUUUUGAAUCGAUAGAUAAGGGGGAGCCCCCCCCCCCCCGGGGCCCUCCCCUGGAUCCGCCGCUGUAAUUGCCCGUCCCCUCCGGUUCAUAUGUUUAUCAAUUCCCGACCUCCUUUUCCCGAAGAAGGUCGUCUAAAAUAUCAGCCGUCUCCACCCCUAAUCCGUGGGGGAGGGGGGCGCUCUCCUCCGCUUCCCCCACGGCACGAGGGGUAGUGACGGCUAUGAUCAGUUUUUAGAUUAGAUAACCUCGAGGCCGAAAAAACCGGUAUUUAUAAUCGUGUUGUAAAAAAUUUGCUCACUUUUCACGAAUUUUAGCUACUGUUCCGAACGGAAACGUUAACUACGUCAACUGCUACCAAGAUAAUAUCUUCCGUACUGUUGCGCACUUAGGGUAAUUAACAAGGAUAUGAUGGUAUCCUUAAUUAACCACUUAAUCGAUGGAAUCCAUUGUUUAAUGCAAGCCUACAUUUUCUAUGCAGCCUUCGACAACUAAGGAGGAUGGAUUCCUCAAAAUGAAUGCCUCAGCAUGAAUCAAUAUACCAAAAGUCCACGAUCCAGUCCAAGGUUGACCUAUAGUAACAGCCCUAUUAUUACAGCCAUUUUAGUAAAUAUUAUCAUUUGCAGAUGUUGAUGAAUGCCUAACAGGAACACACAAUUGUCAUGGGAGGGCAACUUGCAACAACACUUAUGGUUCGUACAACUGCACAUGUCAUGGAGGGUUCACAGGAAAUGGUUUCAGUUGCUUGGGUGAGUCAUUUCCAUUGCACAUCAAUCCAUUUCUUUGAUACGGUCUAAAUGGUUGAAAACUUCGACUACACACUACCGUCUUUUCUUCUAACCAUAAAAACUUAGCCAAUCGCCAGAUUAAGUUCUGAUUUAAUACAAAGGUAUUGUUAUUUUCCCGGAAAGGUAAGGCAGAUCACUCCCAAGUUCUCUACGCUGUCAGCUUCUACGGUACCAUACCUGAAAAAUUCCUCUUGUUAGACCAAGCGAAGGUGCCUCUUGUGCCUAGCUUGCCAUCAUGGCCUUUUUGCAUAGUGAUGUCCCGAGUGAUGGUCAUAGUGGCCACAGUACUGGUAACCUGCAAUCAGGCGGUCCACCUUCCCUUUUUUGCCGUCUGACUUAUGUCCGACUUUCGCACUAUCCCCCCAAAAAGAACGCCUGAUCGCAGGUUACAGUACUGAUCGUUAGCAUUAUGAAUGAUGCUACUGCUGUUUUCGUUUUUUUUUUCCCUGCCAUUUAAAUUUAGCCGAGGUUAAAGGCGAAGCUCCAGUUAAUAUAGUUUUUGUUGCCUUAAAGCAAUAAACUUGUAACCAUUGCAAAGAAAUCCACUUAAAGUUGAGCCUGCAAACAAUAGAAAACUAGUAAUUCGUCGGAGAACUUCAAAAAAACACGUAACGUCAAUGGCUCGACAUCUUAGCCCGCAAUGUGGUCAUAUGAUACUGGUCAGCAGAUAGCCUGUUUUGACAGCUGUCAAUUGGCCACAACGCAGUUGUGAAGUAUAUCAAGUUGCAGGUACUCUCACUAGCUAGAAAAUGUGAUAUUUUACAUUGGCUACCCUGUGGUGCGGACUGGCGGACGGGGGGACGCAACAUCACGUGAUUAACAAAUUUUCUUGGAUUGACAGAUUACAAAAUUAUCUUAGAUAUGAGGUGAUGUGCGGCGAACAACUGAAGAGGUCAUAAGAGCCUAGACAAAUUUGUGUGUUGAAAGUGAAUCCCGAUAAGUUUUUCUUGAUCCUAAUUUUACUUUUUACAGCCAAUUUAUGAAAUCUGGUCGAUAUGUCCGGGCUCUGAUUUUUCUUUAAUCAGCAGGUUUGUUACACCCUAGAUAUAAACGAGUGCUCACAACAGAUGCACAACUGUACUUCUGAAGGGUCGAAGUGUUCUAACAGAUACGGAACAUACAAAUGCCUUUGUCGUACCGGAUAUUCAGGAGAUGGCAAAGUUUGCGUUGGUGAGCGAAACUAUAAUUUUGAGUUAACUGCAGUCAAUUUGAUUCUUAAAUACUUUCCUGUUUAUACUGGCAUCAAAUGUUUAAUCAUGGUAUCUUCCAGUUGAAGUCGAGAAAAUAAGCUCACCCCUGAUUAUUUGACAGUAAUACAUAAAGGAUAAACUGUACUGUGACCUUAGCCUGCGUUGAAGGCGCAAAAAGGGAGUGCAGAGGGGGGGAGCGAAAAAGAGGGAUCCCCUCUCCCUCCUCCCUCCUUUCCCUUCCGCUUUCGAUGCCUUGUACGGAGCCUACGUGUCCUAAAUUAUGCAGGUCAAAAUUUGCUAUAAAAAAUUUUCGCCGGAACAUGAAGGAAGAUGGUGGGACAUAAGUUCAUCAGGAUGAAAUAUGUUUUGAACUUGAAAAGAUGCCAACAAAUUUGUUUGUUUUGAGAAAAGAAGAUAUGAUAUAUCAAGCCAAUUCGACAGAAAUUGUCAGCUGACGUCAUAUAAAAUAAAAUGCAUAUGUUGUGGGUCAAUUUUAUCCUUGGUUUAAUUUUUUUGUUGUUUAAAACUCAUUAUCAUAUAUUGCCAUACCCAAAAACAAAAGAAGAUAUAAUUUAAACCAAGGAUAAAAUUGAACCACAACAUAAAUAAAACCAUGUGACGUCAUAUUUUGUAGACAUAGACGAAUGCUCCUUGAAUGUCAGCUAUUGCAGCCAGUUUGCUAAUUGUACAAACACAAUUGGAUCUUUUGACUGUUCAUGUUUACAAGGUUACGAGGGAAAUGGUACAUUCUGUGAUGGUAAGCCAUGUAUUAUCUAGUCCAGUUACAAUUUAAUGUGGCAAUGUGACAGGUCUCUGAGUUGGCGCGUAGAUAUGUUUGAGCCACUGCCUACAGUCACCUAGAGAUAAAAUUAGACCAUGGCAUAAAAUACCCAAAAACAGAGCCACAGUGGCAGCCGGAGUUCUGAUUUCACAUCAUUUAGGAGAGUGUUCAAGAAACAGCACAGGGGCAGUUCAGCGUUUCUUCCUAGUAAAAUCUUACGCUAGCAUUCAUAAUAGCAAGUUUUCAAGAAUAAACCAGAAAAAAAUUAAACUAUUAACAAAACAAAUAAGGUAUAUUCUCUGCUAAUUUAAAUUAAAUUUUAAGUAUAAUUUAUUUGAUUUAGCACUAUAUUAAAGAGUUGGUUGGCAUUUUUGUCUUCUUUAUAUUUGUUUUGCCUUCAGAGUUGUUAGCAAGCCAUUAGAUUCUAAGUUUUUGAAGUUUGAAGAGAAACAGCUUUUAUUGAUGGAACCUCCAACAAUAACUAAUCUUGGCACUUCCAAGCAAUUAAUUUACACACUGGAAACUUUAGGCGGCCUGUUUUUUUGUCUAAUGUUUUCUUUCUGCUACUUAACAGAAAUCGAUGAAUGUGCAACGGCAACCCACAACUGUCAUGGAGUGGCUCAUUGUUACAAUAGUCCAGGCUCUUUUAUAUGUCGCUGUCGGGAUGGUUACACUGGAGACGGGUUGACCUGUGAACCAAUAGGCAAGUGUUACAUAUAG